GCCCUUCGAACACUGGUAGGUGAGAGGGAAACCAAAAAAGCACAUCGCAGGAACAUGGAGUAUCUGAAAGUUCAAGAUGUGACCUUCCAGGAAGGGACAUAUAAAUGCAAAAACAGUCUUUCUUCUGUAACAUUUUCUGGAGGUGUACUCUCUGAGAAUGCUACGGAGCAGAGAAAAAAUGGAGAGGGACAAGAUGGAAGAACAGAAUCAGUCUAAGAAGAGGUUGCGGGUGUGUGCGGCGACAUGCAACAGAGCAGAUUACUCCAAGCUGGCCCCCAUCAUGUCUGGGAUUAAAUCCAACCCUGAGGAUUUUGAACUGGAAGUUGUAGUGCUUGGUUCACAUCUCAUUGAUGACUACGGCAACACUUUUCGAAUGAUUGAGCAGGAUGACUUUGACAUUGGCUCUAAGCUCCACACUAUUGUGAGAGGAGAGGAUGAGGCAGCCAUGGUGGAGAGUGUUGGGCUGGCGCUAGUGAAACUCCCUGAUGUCCUACAGAGACUGCGCCCUGACAUCCUGGUUGUGCACGGUGACCGUUUUGACGCACUGGCUCUGGCAACUGCUGCAGCGCUGAUGAAUAUUCGAAUACUUCACCUGGAGGGAGGAGAGGUUAGUGGUACAAUUGAUGACUCAAUCCGCCACGCCAUCAGUAAACUGGCUCAUUACCAUGCCUGCUGCACACGCAUGGCAGAGCAGCACCUCAUCGCCAUGUGUGAGGACCACUCUCGUAUCCUCCUGGCAGGAUGCCCUUCAUAUGAUAAGCUGCUGUCGACUCAUCACAGAGAGGACAACAUGGAUAUCAUCAAGAGCUGGUUGGGUGACAAGGUGCAGGACCAUGAUUAUAUUGUGGCGUUGCAGCACCCAGUCACUACAGACAUCCAGCACUCAAUUAAGAUAUAUGGGUUGAUGCUGGACGCACUGCUCUCCUUCAACAAGAAGACCCUCAUCCUCUUUCCUAACAUUGAUGCCGGAAGCAAGGAAAUGGUACGUGUCAUGCGAAAGAAGUCCGGAAGACCAAAAGUAACAAUCGAUUAGAUUUUGGAGGUGAUCCGGAUCACUGGAUCCAGGAUUUUUUGAAGGACUCUGUACAAUUGAGAGAGAUGGCCGCCGGCCAUCUCUCUCAAUUGUACAGAGUCUCCAGCCAUUCAUGUUCCGGAUCCGACAUCGAGCAGGCAGAAACAACGUUGUGGCAGAUUACCUUUCCAGGUUGCCGCACAUCGCCAACCUCGGGGAGGAAGGGGAUAAUGUGACGGAGCGCUGCUGAACGCCCCGUCAUUCCCCGGCGACGAAUGUCUCUCUCUCUCUUGCUCUGUGCCGGUGAGUGCCGGGACCAGAGAGUGCGGUGCCGUUCUCUGUGCAAAUCAUGCAUCAUUAUUUUAAUGAACUAUUCGCCAGCAUGGGCGUAACCACCAUCUCAGAAGUGAGGGGGACAAAUUUUUCAGAGCGAUUUAUCAUUCUCUUACAUUUAAUUGCACCAUCCUUAGUGGCUAAAGAACCACAUAAUCCCUAACAGCCACAGUACAAUACCAGGGGACCAACUAGGCUAGUUCUUUAAACUAUAAAGUAUAAAACUUUAAACUAUAAAAUCUAAAGUUUUAGUGGCCAAACUCUAGUUGAGUUGACAACAAUGUCCCUUAAACAUCUACUGGACGAGUAGCCAAAGGUGCCAAACACUGAACAUGAAAUGAUCAGUACUGCCUGGUUUCUCCCUGCAAUAGAUAUCUUAUUUUCAGGAAGUUAUAAUCUCUCCUUACCUGUAAAGACCCUACAUCCUUGUCCCUGCUGCUGGCCUCUGGUCCAUCUCCUCCCUGACUCUGCUCUUUCUGUUAUGGCAAUAAACAUAAAAAAAUGUGGUCAGAAAAAUUCUGAAAUAGCAUUAGGAAGAUUAAAAAUUGCAGUAGAAUUUAACCUCAAAAGCACUUUAACCCAUAGAUACAUAUUUUUUUCUUAGCCACUUAUAUUUUUUUUUUCACCUCUGCAGACCCUGCAUGGUCAACAUUACUGCUGGCCGCCGCCUCUGGUCCAUCUCCUGCCUGACUCUGCUCUUUGUUAUGGAAAUAAUCUUUAAAAAAUCUGAAAAUCAAAAUUCUGAGAUAGAAUUUGAAAGAGAGGGAGUAAAAAAUAGUUGUAAAUUUAUACCAUAGAUAGCCUAUUCUUUUUUUCUCCUCCCUGACUCUCCUCUUUUGGGACCAAAAGACUUAAAUACAUGGAGAGCAAUUGUGAGCACAUCUUCUGCCCAGAAAUGAAAGAGGACUGGGUUUAUUCCAAGAAUAAACUAAUUAGCAAGUAAUGUAACAGAGGCAACAACAUUUAAAUUAUUGUUCAUUAGCUUAACAUAUUGAUAUAUUGCCACAUUUUACCUUGUCAUCAUUUAGCUAACAAGUCUAACAUUGUUUGCAUCCAACAAGGUCACACAACUUACACGGUUUGGAAAAAACUGUGUAAAGUUUUUUGCUUCUUGCUGGCUCUGGCUGGUUUGCUAAACAUUACUCCAGACGCCCGUUCAGCACUGCUCAGCACAGCAGCACGUCUCCUGUGCAGAGCCUUACUAUCUCUAGGGCUCUGCUCCUGUGGAACACCUGCGUUAGCAUGCGCUCAUGGUGCAUUCAAAGAUGGCUCGGGAAAACACGUUACUGGAUGCUAAUAACGGGUUUAGCUGUUGUAACGGCUGAAAAAAGUGCGGGGGACAGAGGGGACAGAUGUGGAAAGUGCGGGGGACAUGUUCCACGCGUACCCCGCGUCCGUUACGCCCAUGUUCGCCAGCACCGGACUUUUGUGCUGGCUGCGGUCGCCGUCCGAGGGUGCACACUCGGCACACACACACACACACACACACACACACACACACACACACACACACGCUCACCUGCUGAUGCUGCAGCCUGUUGACUCCUCCAGAGACCAAGCCAAACUGCUUUCAUGGCACGCCUUAAAAGUGCUGGGUGUGGCGCAUUUUCGUGUGGUGUGACAUGGAGCCUUCCGUUAUUGGGGAGUACAGUAUUGAAUAUGUCUCUGGCUGGUUGUAAAUCCUGUUUGGGGAGCCAAUAUUUAAUUUCUUUGUUUAUUUAUGCUUACCACUGAAAGGGGUUGGAUUGGAAUGAUCUGAAAUUCGUUAUGUGAGGUAUUUGGUUCGCCUUGAACCAUCUCUCUCAAUUGUACAGAGUCCUUCAAAAAACUCCUGGAUCCAGACGGUGAUCCGGAUCACCUCCAAAAUCUAAUCGAUUGUUACUUUUGGUCUUCCAGACAUUCUGUAAAAAUUUGGUGAAAAAGAUACCCCUGGUAUGAUGAGUUAACUUUCUGCGUAUCUCACAGGGUCUUCGUCUUCCUUUUUUUUUUUUACUUUUUAGUUAUAAUUUUAAAGGCAAAUGUAACAGUAUACUUUUUCAUAAUGCUGUCUGUGAAAAGUAAAGUUAAGCUCACAUUUAACAAUGAUGGUAACAUGACUGAAUGUUACAUGCACCAUGGGAUUUCAUUGGCUGUAAUUGGUUGAAUGGCAGUAAAUGUGGAAUAUCUUGUUCUCUAUAAUGUUCAUCAUAAGAAUUGAAGUGCAAAACAAAGAUAUUCAGUCAUCUUAAAAAGAACCCAGCUACAUUACUUUUCAAAAGUAUUGACUUAUGGCAGGUUUUUACCCCUUCGAGGAGUGUGGGGAAAAAUGCAUUUACUACAGAAUUUGUGUCUUCAAACAAAAUGUCUGUCUUUUGCAAAGCAUGUAAUUCCAUCAAAGAAGUAUUAUCUCCCUCGACAUUAAUCACUGAAGAGUGAAUUCUAUUGCAGCACAGUCUCACAAGUCUAUAACAAUGAUGUUUUGUCGCUCGAGAUUUUAUUUUAUUUUUUUAAAUACAUGAAUUUAUGUACAAGCUGCACAGUAGCAUGUUAGUUCGCACUUUCACUUUGCAGCGAGAAGAUCCCUGGUUCGCGUCCCGGCUUUCCUGGGAUCUUUCUGCAUGGAGUUUGCAUGUUCUCCCUGUGCAUGUAUGGAUUUUCUCUGGAUACUCUGGCUUCCUCCCACAGUCCCAAAAUAUGCUGAGGUUAAUUGAUUCUUCUAAAAUGCCCACAGGUGUGAAUGUGAGUGUGCUUUUUUUGUCUGUAUAUGUAGCCCUGCCUCCGCCCCAAGUCAGCUGGGAUAUGCUCCAGCCCCACUGCAACCCUAAUGAGGAUUAAGCAGUGUAUAGAUAAUGGAUAAAUGGAUGGAAUUUAAGUCCAACAUGUAUUCACUUUAUUACUUGCAUCUUACAUAAACUGUUGAUGAGCAUUGUGAUCCAUAAAGGCUGUGGAAGUUAGCAAAA